GAAUUUCUUGGAAAUGUGGUCGCGAGGCCAUUCCACAACAUCGCUCAGGACCCUACUUUCUACUAGCCGUCUAAAUCUCCUCGAAAAAGCUUUCUAAGGGCAUGCGACUCCCCUCUCCAGCCUGCGAGCGAAAUGAAGGAAAUAAGCGCGUGGAUUAGUUAACGGACGGUUUGAAUCAUUGGCUCUACGGAGAUUCAUAUCACUUGUGAAUUCUCUUGCCGAUGUAGAAUAUUCCGAGUUUCCAUCCAUCUAGGUGGACAUCGUCCGACGACCAGAGGGUCUGAUUUUGUCUGCGAUCCACUCUGAAAGGGCCGUAUUUUUACCUUGUACCUUAAAGGUACGGUCUUCGUUUAUCUCAAUUCCAAGUAGUCGCUCUUCUUGCUCAAAUAUAGAUUGUCUAGACGCUUGCAAGUGUCUUUGCUGGCCCUCUUGGGGUGCAUGGGAUCGUUGAUUUUCAGUUGCGACUCGUUAAAGGCAUGGAAGGAAUGCGGAUGUACUGCGCUCACGAGGACGGAUCAUUGUGGAGUGAGUGAGUGAGUGUCUGUGCAGCGCGUUCCAUCGAGUGGGGUCAAAAUCUGUCGUGAAUUCGUCACGGUCGGCCAGGAGUUCGCGGUGAGCUCGUUCGUUCUUUGGGGCCGGGGCGAGCUGCAAAUCGCAUGGUGGUGCGCCUAGAGGAUAGAUUCUCGACCUGAAGCAGUUCUUUGCAGGCAUUCUCCAGGAGAAGGAUGGAGUCCACGGUUUGGCUGGCAUCGCGAUCCUUGCCUCGGCCUGGAGUCGGAUGUUGCAAUCUGCUGUCGAGAGUCCGGCGCAGCGGGGGAAGAUUGAAGCCUUGCGGGAAUGGCAGGAAGGUCGUGGUUUGUGUUAGUGGCACGGAAGGGAAGACCAAGGUUGUGAUUGUCGGAGGUGGUGUGGGCGGUUUAGCUGUGGGGGGGCGAUUGGCCAAGGAAGGAUACGAUGUGCACAUUCUCGAGAAAAAUUCUCACGUGGGAGGUCGUCUGCAGUCGUUGGAGGUCGAGGCGGCUGUGGGAGUAGGUGGCAAGAGUGAUGAUCCGGGAGGUCAAGAGUGUUUCAGGUGAAGAUAUGGAUGACUACGUAACUUUGAAAAAAGUAGAACCUGCAGCGUAUAGAGUUUUCUUUGGUGAGGACGAAGGAGUGCAGUCUCUGGACUUGCUCUAUGACGUACAGAAGAUGUGCCUACAACUAGAGCAGGUUGAAGAAGGAGCAGGCGGAGCUUUCUUACGGUUUUUGGCUAACGCCAAAGAAGCUUUGGACAAGGGGACAGCAAGCUUUAUUGAACGUGACUUCAAAUCUUUUUGGGAUUACGCUGAUGUGCCACGGUUGCUGCCUCUCCUGAAGCACCUGUCACCAAUUGAACUUCUCGGACAGCACCACAGUACUAUGAGGAACUAUUUUAAAAAUCCAAAGCUUCAGGCUAUGUUUACCUUCCAGGAUUUGUACGUUGGGCUCACUCCCUACAAUGCUCCUGGCGUGUUCAGCUUGCUGGCAGCUACUGAGCUCACAGACGGUGUGUGGUAUCCAGUGGGAGGCUUCGCUAAAGUUAGGGAUGGCUUAGCCCAAGCAGCCCAGAAGGUAGGAGCAACGAUAACAACGAAAGCAACCGUGAAGAGAAUUGACCAUGCAAACGGCCAGGUACAAGGUGUAACUCUUGAAGAUGGAACUUUCAUGAGAGCAAAUAUUGUAGUAGCAAAUGCUGAUCUACCAUAUGUUUACAAUAGCCUUCUUGGCUCAAAAGUAAAGACACAAGCUUCGAAGCUACUAAGUUCAAAAUAUAGUGCAAGCGUCAUAGCCUUCCAAUGGGCUCUAAGUUCUCGCUUGGAGAGGCUAAGUCAUCAUAAUGUUUUUCUUUCCAAUUGCUACGAGGAAAGUUGGCAUCGUGCAACAGAUGCUUCUACUAUACUUGAGAGACCCAACUUUUACGUUCAUGCUCCAUCUCGUACAGAUUCAACUGUCUGUCCUCUAGGUACUGACGCUAUAACUGUCCUUCUGCCUGUUGCACAUCUGGGUGAAGGAUUUAGUAUAGGGAGUGCAAGUGAUGACAAACAAAUAGUAGAAGCCGCUAGAGAAAGAGUAAUCAGCAGUUUAGUAAGAUCUGGAAUCGGAGAUAUAUCUUCUAUGAUUCUUUCAGAAGUUGUCUAUUCCCCUCCCACAUGGCAAGACAGUUACAACCUCCAGUACGGUGCAGCCUUUGGCCUUGCACACAAUCUUCUGCAAUUAGCUUAUUUUCGCCCCGACGUAGCAGAACCAUCCAUCAAAGGGCUCUAUUUUGCUGGGGCUUCAACUCGGCCUGGGAAUGGAGUCCCUCUAGUUUUGAUGGGCGCCAAAGUCACAACAAAUAGGAUUCUGGAAGAGAACUACCCUUUCUUAUCUGGAAAUUAAUUCAUCAGUCUCUUUGUGUCUGGACUUGUACUUCAAACGAUGACAUAUAUGAACCCAUGUAGACGGUCCUUAUCGAUUCACUUGCACAACAUUCAGUGCCAGAAAGGGCCAUCAAAACUUCGAAUGUUAGAAAUUUGGAAUCGAAGGCCGUUGAAGUUGUCAGAGAUGCCGAUGAUCUGUACAUUCCUUA